CGUGCGGUGCGGCUUGCGGCGAUCGGCGGCUGGAGCGUAGAUCGGCCCUUAAGCAACGCACCAUCGCAUGCGGCAGUCAUCGUUCGUCGUCAUCCUACUUCCCCGGUCAUAUGCACAUGCAUGCAUAUUUUCGAAUUGCAAAGCACCGCCUCUUUCUAUGCCGUCUUCCCCUCUCCUGAUGCGCGUAUUGUAACACUCGUAGACAACCGGCUGUCUGUCUGCCCUACGCAUUGUCCGCCCAGCUCCGUUUCUUCAUGUAUCGACUGUACGCCCUCGUAUGCUGCCUCGUAUGCUGCCUUACACUCCACUUCUCUCAUGCGCGGAAACAGUUGCCGACGGUUCAGACGCAGCCGCAGAGCAAGCCGUGGCCGAGGGAGCAGCCGCCGAGUCGUCCUGCCCGCUGCCGCCGGCGGUCGAACACAACGGCGACGAUGUCGUUGUUACCGGUAGCCCGGUCCCGCAGCUGACCAGGCGCGCAAAGUUCCGUUGGGACGCCAAGUCUAGGCCGCCCGCUGUAUACUCUGCGCUGCAGGCUGCCGACUGUCCAGACGCAGCCGCAGAGCAAGCCGUGGCCGAGGGAGCAGCCGCCGAGUCGUUCUGCCCGCUACGGCUGACCAGGCGCAAAAAGUUCCGUUGGGACGCCGAUGCUAGGCCGCCCUACCGUUCGCGUGAUAGUAUUAUGUGUGAAGAAGAGGGCGGGGUCAUUUACCGCUGUGGCGUCGACGGCGAUGAGGAGGGCAUCGACACGUCGAGGUGCACCAUACGCAGGGUUAACUGCCCCGCCGUUAUCCCGCACGGCGUCGAUAUGAACCUCCGGCUGUUUUUGGCGGGGCAGUUCGCCAAGUUCUUCUGCAUGGCGGCCGCGCGACCACGCGUGUCCGGCCCGGACAACGCCAACACGCCCGAGGACUUGAGCUGGUUCGCGCCCAAGUUCAGCGACCAGGCUUUCGCCUUCUACAGGAAUUCGUCCGUUGCCGGAGGAUCGACCGAAGACUGCGAGGCCCUGUUCGUCAGCUACGCGAUAAGUGUGGAGCUGUCGGAUAUCUUCAGCUUUGGUCGAUAAUCACGUUCUCCAACGUUCAGUCGCAAAGUGCAUACUUUCACUGAAAUUGAGGUCGUCGAUUGUUUAGAUGGACGUGCGCGACCAACUGUUCAAAUAAAAGCCUUCUUGCAUGUCCA